AUGGGCGGGGAAUUGUACGACACAUCAAAGCAAGAAGUCUUUCUUUUUGGUGCUCAACAGGAUCUUGAACUACUCGAUGGUAGACCUGUAAAGUUUCCUCAUUGCCCAAAAGGUGUGACUGACUCUGUUAGUGUUCUAAAUGCUUUGAUUAAUGUCCGCAGAGAUUCUGUCAAAUUUACAAAAGUUGGAAGGUCAGGAGGUGGAUAUUCUUCAGGAUUUUAUCGUUUAGAAUUUACUUUUGACUGUGAUGUCCCUUGUUAUGUACAAAUUCAUUUUUGUUCAAGAGAAGUUGUUGACGAUUUUCAACAAAUUCAGUUUUUCUGUCGCCCAAAUCAAAGGAUUGACCCUUCAGAACGUUAUCAUUUCCCUGUUGGUUCAAAUCAACAAUUUAACCAUUUUAUAUUUAAACCUCAUCGUUAUGAUUUAAAAUAUAUGCAUUGGGAUGGAACUUCUGCUUAUUUUCCUGUUUUGAUUGAAAUGCGUUCUGUUUCUGAUAAAUUUCAAGAACAGGUCCAAUCAACAUUAUGCUCAAUAGAACGCUCAACAGAUCAAUCAGCCGCAUUAAUUCUCAAACCUCUAAAACAAAAAUUAUUUGCGAAUGGAAUUGUUUAUUUACUUCAAGAAAUUUUUGGAAUUGAAAAUAAAGAAAAUGGUGAAAAUAGUUUAAUGGCUGAAGAAAAUGGGGCAGAAUGUAUUAUUUGUAUGGCAAAUCCACGUGAUACAAUGAUUUUGCCUUGUCGACAUUUAUGUAUUUGUAAUGGAUGUGCAGAGACUUUAAGAUAUAAAUUAAAUAAUUGCCCAAUUUGUCGUUCACCCUUCAAAGCUCUUUUAAAAAUAAGAGCGAUGCGGAGCAGUCUAAUAGGACUUGGUUCUGAUGGAAUGUCUUCUACAAUGAGAAUUCGGUUAAAAUUUUUUAUAAAAAAAUUUAAUUUUAAAGAAAUAAUUUUAGUCUUAAUUAUUGUCUGUCCAAAACCCAAUAAUCAUUUUAGUAAUUUAAAUUCCCAUUUUCAUUUAAAAAAUUAA